UCAUGGCAUCAGAGGACGCUUCAUCGUGUUGAGAGCUGUGUAGUCCAACUAGGGCUGGGAUAUCCCAGCGUCAAGGUGUCGCUGAAUGAUAGCGCUGGUGUGCUGUCACGCGGGGCCUUAUCUACGGCGAACUUGUGGGGUUGCUUGGCAACUGGACGGCCUGCGGGGUACGGCACUUUCUCCAGUUUGACGUAUUUUUGGUUUUGGGUGUUCCCGCUCUUCGCCGUGGGGGUCUCGUCAAGGUCGCCUGGUCGCAUCUCAUUCUCGUAGAGGACACGCCGACAGCUGCCGGAAGCCAGGCGGGAGUACCUGCAUGCAGGUAAUGUACAAAGUUAGCUGAGAGUGUCAACCUAGAAAGCAACUAUGGACAACAAAUUGACUUUUGAUGAGCCCAGGGACAUGUCAUAUGAAGACCGUGAUUCCUCAUUCCCCUCCUUCCCUUUGAUAAUGAGGUGUCCGGCAGACCGUGGUGAUCUGUGCGAUGUGGAGAUCGGGCGGAACAAUGAGGUUGCGCCUAUGGAAACGUACAUCUUUCCCAAUAAUUCAGAAGCCUACCUCAACCUGAACACCAACGCCACCACCAGAGGCGACGCUCAGGCGUACGUAGAACUGAACGUGCUCCAGGGAAACACCUGGCAGGAGACGGGCCGCUGGGUGGGCUUUGAGGAGAACUUCAACGCCGCCACGGGGGAGUGGGGUCCUUCCCACACGUCCUACCUGACCUUCAAGAGUCUCAUCCAGCUACGCAAGACCAUGAGCACAGGUGCCGUCAUCUUUGACCUGAACGCCAGCAGUUUGUCAUCUGUGGCUGAGAAUGUGGUGGACGCGCUCGUCAACAAGAACGAGAUCCGAGCUAGCGAUCGGGAUGCUCUGCUGAGAGCGCUCCUCAUGCGGCGCAGCCAGUCCGACAGACCUGUGGUCACCCCCUCGGGAGACAUCGAGAUGCAGACCUUUUCUGUUUCUAAAAAGAGAGACAGCUCUGACAACAUGGAGGCCUCCGUCGUCCUCUCAGGUGCCCUGGACCUUCUGGAGAAGCCAGUGGUGGCUUUCGUCAGGCUUAGAGACUCUUUGGUGAUGGACUCUGCGCUGGAAUGUCUCGUCCCUGUGCGCUUUGUGUUCGUCCUGGUGGGCCCUAGUCAGGCUGGCAUGGACUACAGCGAGAGCGGUCGUGCAAUGGGGGCUCUGAUGGCUGACUGGGUGUUCUGUCUGGAGGCUUUCUUAGCACAGACCGACCAGGACCUGACCAAUGCCAUCGCAGACUUCAUGGACUGUAGUAUUGUCAUCCCCCCAACGGAGAUCCAAGACCUGGGGAUGCUGGAGCCUGUCAUCAAGUUCCAGAAGAGGAUGCUGCAGGACAGACUGCGCCCCACCGACAACCGCCUGGCCUUCGGUGACAGAAUUAAAGUUAAGAUACCUCUGGAGCCACCCAGAGAAGACCCCCUGGCCCGCACCGGGUAUCCCUUUGGGGGGAUGGUGAAAGACAUCAAGCGUCGCUACCGCCACUACAUCAGCGACUACACCGACGCCCUCAACCCACAGGUCAUGGCCGCUGUCAUCUUCAUCUACUUCGCCGCCCUGUCGCCGGCCAUCACCUUCGGAGGACUUUUAGCUGAUAAAACAGAGAGGAUGAUGGGUGUGUCAGAGCUGAUGAUCUCCACCAGCGUCCAAGGUGUCAUCUUCUGCAUCAUCGCCGCACAGCCUGUCCUGGUUCUCGGUUUCUCUGGACCGCUGCUGCUCUUCGAGGAGGCCUUUUACACUUUCUGCAAAUCCCAGGGCAUUGAGUACUUAGUGGGCCGUAUCUGGGUGGGCAUUUGGCUCAUUGUGAUUGUGGUGAUCAUCGUGGCGGUGGAGGGCAGCUUCCUGGUGCGCUUCAUCUCCCGCUUCACCCAGGAAAUCUUCUCCAUCCUCAUCUCCCUCAUCUUCAUCUACGAGACCUUCUUUAAACUCUUUAAGAUCUUCAAGGCCCACCCGUUGCUUCUGAACUACAAACACCUGAACGACUCCCUAGAGAGCCCGUUCGACAAAGUCUACAAUAAGACUCCCAACGGCACAGUGGUCAUCCACAACGUGCCGAUUGUGAAUCCCUACCCCAACACAGCGCUGCUGUCUAUGUGCCUGAUGUUGGGCUGUUUCUUCAUAGCCUACUUCCUGCGCCUGUUCAAGAAUAGCACGUACCUGCCCGGCUGGCUGCGACGCUUGAUUGGAGAUUUCGGGGUCCCCAUCGCUAUUUUCAUCAUGAUCGCUGUGGAUAUCAGUAUUAAGGACACCUACACUCAGAAACUGGUCGUGCCAAAAGGGAUCCAGGUGACCAACUCUGACGCCCGUGGCUGGUUCAUAAACCCUACGGGAGCAAAAAAAAACUUCCCCAUCUGGAUGAUGGCCGCUUGCUGUGUACCAGCAGUCCUCGUCUUCAUCCUCAUCUUCCUCGAGUCCCAAAUUACCACGCUGAUUGUUAGCAAACCUGAGAGGAAGAUGGUCAAAGGCUCAGGUUUCCAUUUUGACCUGCUCCUCCUUGUCACCAUGGGUGGCAUCUCAUCCAUAUUUGGGGUUCCCUGGCUCAGUGCUGCUACGGUGCGCUCUGUCACACAUGCCAACGCUCUCACCGUCAUGUCCAAGGGCCCCAAACCAGAGAUUGAAAAGGUGUUGGAGCAACGGAUCAGCGGCAUUCUUGUCGCCAUCUUGGUUGGCGUCUCUAUUUACAUGGAGCCCCUACUGAAGAUGAUCCCCAUGACGGCCUUGUUUGGAAUCUUCCUCUACAUGGGUGUCACGUCCCUGAAUGGAAUUCAAAUGUGGGAUCGAAUACUUCUGUUGAUCACGCCCAAGAAAUACCACCCGUCCGAUGCUUACGCCACCAGGGUGUCCACGAUGCGCAUGCACCUUUUCACGUUGAUCCAGCUGGUGUGUUUGGCCCUGCUGUGGGGGGUGAAGAUGAGCCCCUUCUCCCUGGCACUGCCCUUCAUCCUGCUGCUCACCGUGCCGCUGCGCAUGCUCAUGACCGGCACACUCUUCUCAGUCAUGGAGAUGAAAUGCUUGGAUGCAGACAAUGCUAAGGUGACCUUUGAAGAAGACGUCGGGGAGGAUGUGUACAAUGAGUCCCCAUUUCCAUAAGCGAAAACCAAAUAAAUUGAAAUGUAUGGCUAAUGAUUCAU